AUGGCAGCUUUUGAAGAACAAGACUAUCUGUUAAAGGAAAACAGCAGGUUGAUUGUUGAUCGAAUAAAAGAGCUUAAAGGUAGGUAUUUUUGUUUUUGAUUUUUUAUUGUAUUUUUUAAAAAGAAGUGAAAACAUUUUCAAAAUUUACAAAAAAAUUUCUUAGAAGAUUGUAUAGCAUGGCUGGGUACAACAAUGUAGGGUAAGGUAGUAAAGAAAGCUAGUAGGUUAUAAAGCAUAAUAUACGAUAUAACACGCUGUAUGGUAAGCUGUAGAUCAUAUAGUAAGAAAGCGUAUUAUUUUAGUAAUGAUAAGUUAAAAGCAAAGUAUAUAAUAGUUUUUGCAUCCGGGCAGGCGAUUUAAGGUAAAUAUAAGACGUGAUAUACUAGGGUAAGGUAUGGUAUAGUAAGGCAGGGUAGGAUAGGGUAGGGUAGGUAUUGUAAGGUAUUGCACUAGACCGCAAAACUUAAAAGAUACAGUAAGACUUUCUAGAAAUUGUAAAAACUGUUGACUGUGAACUCCCAACCGAAUUGGAUCAGAACAGCAACACUGACUUUGACUUGGUUAUUUCGACAUGUGGUCGGAAAUUUAAAGUAAGUUUAUGUAGUUUUUUUAUUUUUCAUCUUUUCAAGCUAUUUUUUCAUCAAGUAACUUUCUCACCUCAAAUUUCAGGUCCAAAAAAGCAUUUUAAUGUCAAAAUCACCCGUGUUUAAAGGUAUGUUUGCAUCCGAGAUGGUAGAAAGCAAGACCGAUGAAUUAGAAGUUACUGAUGAUGCUGAAGCUUUCGAAGCCAUGUUGGCCUUUAUGUAUAGCUAUAAAAGAGUCGAGGACGUUGAGCUAGCUAUUAAAGUUUGUAUAGUUGCUGACAAAUAUGCCGUGGAUGUUUUACUGGUACGUUUUUUACUGGAUUAGUUUGUAGAUUGAGUUUAUGAGUACAGAACGAGGAAUCUCAUAACUUUUACUUUUUGUAAUGGUAUGUGGGAGGGCUGGGUCGAAUAAGGUAACUCGUGAAAAGAUACUGUAAGCUAAGAUAAAGUAGAGUAGGGUGUUUUAAAAUAGAGUAUAGUAAUGCAAGGUAAGGCACUUUAGAGUAGAGUGUAAAAUAAAACCAAAUUUAUGUUCUCUAAUUUGCAGAAUCAAUGUGAACUCUUCCUAUUAGAAAAUCUAACAUUUAAAAACGCUUUUGAUUGCUUAGACAUGGCACUUGCUUUAAACCUCAAUUACCUCCAACUCAACUGCUCAAAACUGAUGUUUUUUGGAAUCGGCAAAAGCAUGCUCAACAAGCCGAAACCCCCAUCAGUUUACAUUAAAUUUGAAAAAGAACUACCAAAGUAUAGCAUGAUUGAUGAUGUCUAUUUAACAAAUACGGAUUCAUUCGAAUUUAUUUUUGAAACCAAUCUGUAUUUUACCGCUUAUCGUUUUGAAUUGUUCUCCAACAUCUGCGAACAAAAGUCCGAGUACCAUGGUAAACUAAACUGGGUUAAGCCAAUUGAGCUCAUUAAUGAUAACUACGCGAACGAAAAACGAGUUAAAACCUUCGAAAUAGAUGUACCACAAAUGUUCAAACGUAAUCUUUUCAUAUUAGAAAUUUUUUAUGGAAUGUUUACCUAUACCAUUUGUUUUAAUGUUAUUAAUUGCAAAAACCAAAAUUGAAAAAUUGUAAAAUAAAAAAAAACGUAGCUCGUUGACUAGAUAAUAUUGAAACUUACAGAAUAUGAAAUUUUUAUUCUUUACAAAACGUAUAUCUUCGAUUUUUGAAAGAAAAAUUUAUACACAUAUUUGUAAAUAGGGGUACGGUAGAAUUACUGUAACUUUUCAAGCUGAACAAAUUCAAAAACUAUUUUUUGUGCGUUUGUUGUAUGAAAAACCAAUCCAAAAUCACAAAAUAUUGUUUGUUUCUAAAAUCUUUUUAAAAAAAGUUAUGCUUGCAACAAAUAGGUUUCCUGUUUUUUUGAUAACGGCUGUAUUUAUAAACUAUUUUACCACGAAUGUCUCAAGGAUUUUAAUUUUGUUUCAUAAAGAGUUUUGUUGAAGAAGAGUUUUCAAUCCACUGAGUACUGAUAUAAAACUUUGUUUGUUAUACGGAAAUUUUAUUAGAGAGAAACUCGUUAUACAUGUUUUUUCUUGUAAAUAUUGAUUUCGACGAAGUGUCAAAGUAAAGGUUAAUAGCUUUAUUUUUCUUUUUUUUUGCUCUGACUUAAGUCGCAAUUUUCUUUUUUUAAAAAAUCUAACACAAGUUUUUGUGCUUGAUCUUAAAAUUUAUUACUGCUGUUUUUAUAGUGUAAUUAUUGAUAGUAAAUCCGACGACAAAAAUAUUGGUUUUUUAAAUUAUUGUAUGGUUUAUAGCUUGUGAUUAAAACACUGGUUUAAUGUUAUAAGGUACUAACAACAGAUUUUUGGUUACGAAAUGUCUUCUUUUGGAAAAGAUAGUUAUUUCUUAAAAUCAAACCAGACUUUAAUUGUUAAUAGGAUAGAAAAGCUUAAAGGUAAGUAUUUUUUAUUUUUUUUUUAUUUUAAGGCUGUCAAGAAUCAUAAAGUUUCACUAUGUUUUAUAUUCAGUAUUUUCUCUAUAUAAGCAUCUCAAAGGGACCGACAUUUUGUGUCUACUUUAGAGAGCAUUAUCUCUACAGAGUGAGUUUUAGUGCAAAUUGACGUGGCGGAGUUAAAUUUCUUAUUUACUAUUAGGAGAGUUGCUUAUAAAGAUGGUUCACCAUAUAGUAAGAGCACUGUAAUACAAAAAACUUAUAAGAAAAGUGGUCAAAUUGCCCCGCUCAGAAUUAGAUCAAAAUGUUUAUAUGUAUGUUUUGUAUCACCAAUAGUACCCAUAAAGAAUUUUAGCUCGCGUUUUUGAGUUUCAAAGUUAAAAUAUUUGAAAGUCGCGCCAAUUUUGCAAACUUGGCAUUUUGUUACAAGCCUUAAACGGUUUUCUACUAGUAUGUCAAAGAAAAACUGUUAAAAUUCAAAAAACGACAAAGUUAUGAGCUUAAAACACAGUGUCAAUUUUGCGGAAAAUGCAAAACGUAAUUUUUUGAUCUCGAUUUUUUCGAGUUUUCCUAGAAAGCGCGAUUUAGUACACUGCUGAAGAUCUUAUUUACAUACCCUUUCUAUGUUAAAAGUUUGAAGUCAGUCAGACCGCGGCAUUCCGUGUACUUUUAUUGUUAGUUUGAAAUAUUAUAGGGGUAGUUUUUUUCUAUAUUCAACAACUUAUAGCAUGGGAUACUAUAAAAAACAACUUUUUAGAAAUUGUAAAAAAUAUUGAUGAUGAGCUCCCAACCAAAACAGGACAAAAUAGCAACUACGACGUUACUAUUGCAGCAUGUAACAGGAAAUUUAAAGUAAAUUUAUAUAAUUUUAAAAUUCUUUUUUGUUUUUUCAUUGUUCGAAAGGAAAGCCAGUCAUGGUCUCUGUGUUUAGGUACAAAAGUCCGUUCUGAUCUCAAAGUCACCCGUGUUUAAAAGCAUGUUUAGUUCGAAAAUGCUAGAAAGCAAGGCCGAUGAAUUAGAAGUUACUGAUGAUGCUGAGGCUUUCGAAGCCAUGUUGGCCUUUAUGUAUAGCCAUAAAAGAGUCGAGGACGUUGACCUAGCUAUUAAAGUUUGUAUGGUUGCUGACAAAUAUGCCGUGGAUGUUUUAUUGGUACGUUUUUACAGAAUUAGUUUUUAUUAAUGAGUUUAUAAGGACAGUAUCAGGAAUAUUAUAGCUUUUUUUAAAUUUUACAAUGUUAUGUGGGAGGGCUGGGUCGAAUAAGGUAACUCGUGAAAAGAUACUGUAAGCUAAGAUAAAGUAGAGUAGGGUGUUUUAAAAUAGAGUAUAGUAAUGCAAGGUAAGGCACUUUAGAGUAGAGUGUAAAAUAAAACCAAAUUUAUGUUCUCUAAUUUGCAGAAUCAAUGUGAACUCUUCCUAUUAGAAAAUCUAACAUUUAAAAACGCUUUUGAUUGCUUAGACAUGGCACUUGCUUUAAACCUCAAUUACCUCCAACUCAACUGCUCAAAACUGAUGUUUUUUGGAAUCGGCAAAAGCAUGCUCAACAAGCCGAAACCCCCAUCAGUUUACAUUAAAUUUGAAAAAGAACUACCAAAGUAUAGCAUGAUUGAUGAUGUCUAUUUAACAAAUACGGAUUCAUUCGAAUUUAUUUUUGAAACCAAUCUGUAUUUUACCGCUUAUCGUUUUGAAUUGUUCUCCAACAUCUGCGAACAAAAGUCCGAGUACCAUGGUAAACUAAACUGGGUUAAGCCAAUUGAGCUCAUUAAUGAUAACUACGCGAACGAAAAACGAGUUAAAACCUUCGAAAUAGAUGUACCACAAAUGUUCAAACGUAAUCUUUUCAUAUUAGAAAUUUUUUAUGGAAUGUUUACCUAUACCAUUUGUUUUAAUGUUAUUAAUUGCAAAAACCAAACGAAAGUUAAAAAUUUGUAAAAUAAAAAUCCACAACAAUUGACAACUUUUAGUUUAUGUACAAGAAAAUUCACAAAGUAGUUUAGGAAAGCGUGAACAUGGAAGAACAGAGGUUUAG